AUGGAGAAACAUGAAGAUAUUCAAUACUGUUUUCAAGACAGAAACUCUUCUUGCAGAAAGGCUUUGCUGUCGACAUCUAUCUAUAUAACACUGUACAUCUUCUUGUCAUUGAUUUCAGCAGUUACAGUAUUUUUGAACCUCAUGGUGAUCAUCUCCAUCUCUCACUUCAAGCAGCUCCACACUACAACCAACCUGCUCAUCCUCUCUCUGGCUGUGUCAGAUCUCCUGGUGGGACUGAUUGUGAUACCAGUAAUGACUGCAGCAAUAAUGGAAUCAUGCUGGAGUUUUGGGAAAUAUUUCUGUGUGUUUCAAUUCUACAUUGCUUUUUUAUGUACUUCUUUAUCUCUGGGCAAUUUGGUCUUGAUAUCCAUUGACCGCUAUGUUGCUGUGUGUGAUCCCUUAUUGUACCACUCUAAAAUAACAAUAACAAGAAUGAUGUGUUGUAUAUCCACUACCUGGUGUUGUUGUAUCAUAUACCGUGCUGCUAUUAUAAAAAACAUAGUAAAUGUACAGGUACCUAGUAGGUGUUUGAAUGAAUGUUUUAUUGUUGAAGGGUUUAUGGGGGGUAACAUAAUUGACCUUGUAAUUACAAUGGUUGUCCCGUGCUCUAUUAUUAUAACACUUUAUUUGAAAAUCUUUGCGGUGGCCAGAUCACAGGCCAGAAAGGUGUUUUCAAAAGAGGCUGCCAGGGUGUCUGGUGUUCAAACUGUACAGGCAAAUAAGUCUGAGAGAAAAGCAGCAAAAACUCUUUCUAUUGUUGUUUUCAACUAUUUCAUUUGUUGGAUUCCAUCUCUAUUUCUUUUCUUCUGUUUUUCUUUUUUAAUUGACCAUUUGUUUUCAUUCAUCAUGGGUUUUCUGCCACUUUUAAAUUCCUUAAUUAAUCCAAUAAUUUAUGCUUUCUUUUAUCCAUGGUUCAAAGUGACAGCUAAACAUAUUUUAACUCUGAAGUUAAGGCGUUCAUAAAUUAGUUCCUAUGUUUUUAUUCCAUAGUUUGAGAAACAGCUUUGAUAAAGU